AUGGUGGACAACCAUACUUGUAGCAGGGAGUUCAACCUUAAAUUAAUUGAUGCCAAGUGGUUGAGCAAAAAGAUACACAAUACUAUUAGAGAUAAUCCUACAGUUAAGGGUGUGGAUAUAAGGGAAAAAAUUCAAAGGAAAUGGAACAUUGGUAUUUCUAGGUGUAUGGCCUAUAGGGCCAAAAACAUAGCAACAGAGCAAAUUGAUGGCUCUUUCAAAGAACAGUAUAAAAGGUUAUAUGAUUAUGCCCAUGAGUUGGUGGCCAAAAAUCCUGGGUCAACAGUGAAACUAAAGGUUGAGGAUGUGGGGGGUAAAGUCAUUUUCAAGAGAUUCUAUGUAUGUUUAAAGGCUUGCAAAGACAAUUUUAUGUCAUGCAGGCCAAUUAUUGGUUUAGAUGGAGCAUUUUUGAAAGGUAAGUAUGGUGGUGAGUUGUUAACAGCUGUGGGCCGAGAUGGGAAUGAGCAGAUGUUGCCAAUUGCAUACUGUGUUGUUGAAGUUGAGAACAAGGAGUCAUGGAAGUGGUUCCUGGAACUGUUGGUAGAUGACCUUGGAGGGGCUGAAAUUUGUUCCACAUUUACCUUUAUAUCAUACCAGCAGAAGGGUCUACUUCAUGCAAUAGAUGAAUUGCUUCCUGGAGUUGAUCAAAGGUUUUGUGUGAGGCAUAUGUAUGCCAACUUCAGGAAGAAAUACCCUGGUAAAAACCUGAAGCGUUUAAUGUGGAGGGCAGCUACAGCCACACAUCCACAAACAUGGGAGAUGGAAAUGAGAAACAUAAGAGCAGUAAACGAAGAUGCUUAUAAGCAUUUGAUUGCCAUCCCUCCAAGGUAUUGGUCAAGAUCAAGGUUCACUGAAAGAGCUAAAUCUGACACCUUAGUAAACAAUAUGAGUGAGGGCUUCAACAGUGUCCUCGUUUCUGCCAGGAGUAAACCCAUCAUUACGAUGUUGGAGACGAUACGGCUUUACCUCAUGCAAAGAUGGGCAAAGAACAGGUCAAGCCUAUCAUCAUUUACUGGAUCCAUCUGUCCCAAGAUUCUAUCCAGAUUUAGAAAGGAAUGUCAUUUAACUCAAAAUUGGAUUCCUAGUUGGUCAGGCAACAAGCUAUUCGAAGUUCGUCACAUGUCUAACAAUGGAGAUAAGUUUGUAGUCAACCUAGAUGAGUCCUCAUGCACAUGCAGAACUUGGAUGAUGACUGGAAUCCCCUGUUGUCAUUCAUUGGCUGCAAUGAAGUUCCUCAACAUUGAUGGAGAACAAUUUAUUGAGUCUUGCUACAUGAAGUCCAAAUAUGAGGAGACAUAUUCAACAAUCAUAUAUCCCUUAAAUGGAGCCAACAUGUGGAACAUUACUCCAUAUCCUGAUGUGUCUCCACCACACAAAAGAGUAAUGCCUGGACGACCAAAGAGAAAACGAAGGCUAGAGCAAUGGGAAAUGAGGAAGGAUGAAUCAAGAAUGACCAAAUCUGGCUUGCAAAAGAGAUGUGGCAUAUGUAGAGAACAUGGCCAUAACAGAACUCGUUGCCCAUCAGCAACCCAACCAGGAACUGUGCCCAGUACAUCAGCAACCCAAGCAACUCCAUCCACUCAACAAUCUGAAAUAUUCUGUACAUCAGCACAUCAGCCCAGUACAUCAGCACAUCACUCUGGGAAUCAACCGUAG